AUAUAGCAUAUUUGGGUAGAGGAUGGAUUAAGUAUUUCCUGUACUACUCUUUUUUAAGUAGGACAAUUUUUGUUAACUUUGGUUCCGACUGACGGAAGUGCGGACGUGUUGGGGGAACCGGUAAUGCUGAAGAAGUUACUGAACCUGGGGCGGCAGGGCUCUGAUAAGCCACUGCCCGUCGCUGCAGACAAGAAUGAGAAUACCACAGAUGAGAACAGAGCAACCUUCCUUGCAAAAGCGAGUGACGUGGCUAAAGAAGAGGAAGCAGCUGAAAUGGUAGGAAAGCUCUUGGGCGAGCCAGGAAGGUUUGCCUAUGUUGGACUAUGUGCUAUUUCCUUAGCCACGCUGUUUCCAGAAGAAGAGCACAGUGCUUUUCGAAACAGUUUUGUGGAAGAUCUGGUGAAAUGGCUAGAGCUCUGUGACUCUGUGAUACCUGUCAUGGAAGCUUUUGCAACUGGACAUGCAGAAACAGGGACUGAAGAGACAUUUGCCCGUGUUUUGCUAAAGGAUUCUGUUAUAAAGGACAAGCCAGUUAUUAUUGCCCAGGAUCUUGUGGCUUUUUCGGUUAAAUCUGGAUGCUAUGAUGCUCGAGCAAGGGUGCUAAUUCGCCAUGUUACAGGGAUUCUUCAUAUCCCAUUUGAAGAGCUAGAAGCCUUUGAGGAUUCCCUGGUUGAAAGCUUGAAAGGACCUUAUCAAGAUGAGUCUGACGAACUUGAAAUUUCUCGGAACAAGAAAGAAAAGAGGAGGAAAAUUAAGCGCUACUUGCUAAUUGGUUUAGCAACUGUUGGAGGGGGAACAGUAAUAGGUUUGACUGGGGGUCUUGCAGCCCCCCUUCUGGCUGCUGGAGCAGCCGCAGUCAUUGGAACAGCUGGAGCAGCUGCACUGGGAUCAACAGCAGGAAUUGCAGUCAUGGCAUCUCUGUUUGGAGCUGCAGGAGCAGGACUGACAGGGUACAAAAUGAAGAGGAGGGUUGGAGCAAUUGAAGAGUUUGAGUUUGUCCCUCUAACAGAAGGAAGCCAGCUGCAUAUCACAAUAGCAAUCACUGGAUGGCUCUGUACAGGAAAAUAUGGAAGCUUUGAAACACCAUGGCGGAGCCUUGCACAUUCGAAGGAACAGUAUUGUCUUGCGUGGGAGUCCAAGUACUUAAUGGAGCUAGGCAAUGCUCUUGAUUUGCUGCUUCAUGGUAUGGUUAGUAUGAUGACCCAGGAAGCCCUAAAAAUGACAGUGCUGUCAGGUAUCGUGACUGCUUUGGCCUGGCCAGGCUCUAUUCUAACAUUUUCUGGUGUCAUUGAUAACCCAUGGGGUGUAUGCCUUAAUCGCUCAGCUGAAGUUGGAAAGCACCUGGCUCAUCUGUUACUCAGCCGUCAGCAGGGGAAGAGACCAGUUACUUUAAUUGGCUUUAGCUUGGGAGCUCGGGUCAUCUUUUUCUGUUUGCAGGAACUGGCCCAAGAGAAAGGCUGUGAAGGCAUAAUUGAAGAUGUGAUUCUCCUGGGAGCACCCGUGGAUGGAAGAGCUAAGUCCUGGAAACCGCUUACAAAGGUUGUAGCUGGGAGGAUAAUAAAUGGCUACUGUAGGGGUGACUGGCUGUUAAGCUUUGUGUAUCGCAGUUCCUCGGUGCGGUUCUGUGUUGCUGGAGUGCAACCUAUUGAACUGGAUGACAGGCGGAUGAUCAAUGUAGACCUGUCUUCAGCUGUUAAUGGCCAUUUUGAUUACAUGAAGCAGAUGGAUGUAAUAUUAAAAACUGUGGCCAUCAAAACCAAAGAAAGUAGUACAGAAGACAUCUGGAACCCUAAUUCCUCUCCACGGAAGAGCAAGGAAGAAUUAUCCACCAGAUCCACAAUAAAACCAGAAGGUGCAGAUAAACUAUUGCCAGAUAAUGACUUUUCUGAGUCAGCUGACAACAAGACAGAGCCAAUAUCUUCUCUGCCCUUUGCUGAAAAGUUCUGCAGUAAUGAAAAACAGAGCACAAAUUCAGUUCCUAUGCUCCCUUCGUUCAUGGCAGAUUAUGACAACACUUCAGCAGGAGACACACUAACUGGCAGUGAAAGCAUUCAUUGCAAGCUUAGACGUGUGCGGUCUCUCCCAUACUAGAUUAAAGUAAUUGUAGGUCCUAAUAAGUGUUGCCUUGUGCAUAUUAACAUCUGUCUUCAUAAAAGAACAAAGAACUGACACAUCUUUUAUUUUCCUUCUAGUUUGGAAUUCAUCUUCCCUAAAAUGAAUAAUACCAAUGAUGUUUUGGGUGUGGCUCCUUUAUGACAGUCAGCUGAUAUCUGAUAAACCAACUGUAUAUAACGAACUGAAAAAAGCAUGCGCACUCUUAUGGAGUAGUUUUUCAUGAAAGCAGUAUUGACAAAGUACUACUGAGAACAAAAUGUUGUGGAAGGGUUUUGAUGUGAAAGCAUUGCACUAUUUCAGGACACUAACUUUAGUACUGAAUGACUUAAAAAAGUUGUACAUAAAAGUGGAACAAAUAAAAAUUGGAAAUGAUGCAGAGUUACACAUAGGUAUUAUGGGUAUAUUUUUAAGAACAAACUACUCAGUCUGUAAACAGUCAAAUGAAACAGUCCAGUUCUUCUUUAAAACUGCCUGCGUUCUGUCUUUGGCUAGUACAUUUAUUUACACAUUUUAAUUUUGUAUUUAUUUUGUACAUUUAUGAAUAUGGCACUUUCAGGUGUUGCACUUUAGAAGAUGGCCUUCCAUUCUUAAAUGAUGUCGUUCGCUUAUUAAAAUGUGUUAAUUUGUGGUAUUAAAGUACCACUUUUAAAUGAAGGGAGAUUUCACUUGUCAGUAGACUUGCAAGGAUGAAUGUUACUGUAGGGUAGGCAGUAUACCAUUGUAUUAUAACACAGGCUAUCGCUAUAUAUAUUGGGGUGUGUCCACACUCCUGGUUAUUUUUUAGUUUUACAUGUUAAUAUGAGACUUGAAUAUGCAAUGGUGAAUAUUCAGUGAUGAAAUGAUUUUGACAGAGGCCACCAAGCUCACCUUUUCAAGGAAGCCAUUUAACAUGUCUAACUAUUCUUGACUACAUCGGACAUAUUGUGGCAAGAUUUUCAUACAACCCACUAAUGCCAUUUUUAUUACUGUCUUAGCAAGAUGCCAUAAAUAACAAUAAUUAAGUAUCUGUUCUGAAUAUUACUGACAUGAAAGUGACUUUUUUUAAGUCUUCCUUGUUAGUACUGGUAAUGUUGGAUUAACUUGGCUGCUAAUGGAGCUGUAGGUCAGUGCCCUUGUUUUCAUAUAGGCCUUAGUUCAGUGUUUAUUAUUAAAUGUUUAAGUAGUUACAAAAGAAAGUGUUUCAGAUCUUGACAAUCAGUAGACAUAUUCUGGUUGGGAUGCCAAUCACAGACUUAACAUGGAGUCAUAUGUCUCUUGUAUUGUAGGGCCAGGCUCGGCCCUACACAUGUCUAUUGAAUGAUGUAAUGUAGGCUGUUUUCCAGAUUUCAGUAGUAAAAAUCAUGGUACACACACAGACACACACACACACAGACACACACACACACACAGACACACACACACACACACAGACACACACAC